ACUAGGGUUCCUUUCCUUCCCCCAACGCCGCCUCUUUGGAGCGACCUCCUGUCGACGCCGCGUCGGCCUCGCCCCCAUCCCCAUAGCCAUACCAGGCCUCAAUCUUCCUCUCCAAUCUCCUUGUGGCUAGUUCGGACAGCAGCAGCAGCGUGGGUGGUGCCGCUGCGAUUCCGGAGGAGGGGGCGGUAGUUCGGAGGCGGCGCGAUGAGGUUGGAGAAGUGCUGGUUCUGCUCGUCCACCGUCUACCCCGGCCACGGCAUCCAGUUCGUCCGGAACGACGCCAAGAUCUUUCGCUUUUGCCGGUCAAAAUGUCAUAAAAAUUUCAAGAUGAAGAGGAAUCCUCGUAAGGUUAAAUGGACAAAAGCGUACAGGUGCUUGCAUGGGAAGGACAUGACACAGGACUCCACCUUUGAGUUUGAGAGGAAAAGGAACAGGCCAGAGCGCUAUGACCGGAAUGUCACUGAGCAAACACUUAAGGCUAUCUCUCUUAUUACAAAGAUUAGACAUGAACGGCAGAAGAAACAUAUUACAGAGAGGCAAAAACAGGGUAAGACAAAGCAACGGGAGAGGGAUGCUAAGGAGUUGGAACAGGAUAUUCAAAUGCUUCCAAAGAAGGUUACCCUAUCAACACAAAAAACAAAAGUCGUGGUUAAAGUUUCCCAGCAGCAGACAGAAGAGAAUCUUAUGGAAGAGUAAUGAAAUGGAAUCAAGUUUUGCAUGUUGUUAUGUAGGACUGUGUUUCAUCAAAUCGUUACUAUGAACGGUGUAUUUGACUGGGUACCAGCAAAGUUUUGCACCGACCGUCUGGUUUGUGACUUCCAGCUAUCUUAUAGUAUCAAUAGUAUUGAUGGCUUUGUGAACUGUUAAAAGGAUGUCUAUUUUUAAGAUUAAAUUGCAUAUUGCACAACCUUAAUCGUAAUUUAUUCUACGAAUGCUAGAUUUUUGCCAUCUAUUUAGCAUAAUAUUCCUAUUCUUCCAAGACAAGAUCAUGUGAUUUGUUUAGGUUUUGGUUUCUGGAAAUCCAAAUUCAGAGGCUGAAAUGCUUCUGUCGGUGCCAUGUACUCAUGUAUAGUCAGGUAGUACUUAGCCAAAGUAAUUAUGGACAAGCGGCCACUUAUGCAAGUUUUGUACUUCUUAUUAGCCCUAGACAGGGUUUGUACAAUGCUAAUUAAUAAUGUCUA